UCCCUCAAUGAAUAGGAAGAAGAAGAAAAAAAAAAGCAGAAACGGCAGAGGAAGAAGAGUGUUUUUAUGGGAAUUACGGACUGUUUAAAACACUCGGCUUCACUGGAAGGUUUUCUACUGGUCUCUGCUGGCCAGUGAGCUCGAUGAGAUGCCUGGAUUUGAUGUAGGAGGAUCGGAGGACGAGGCUAUGGGCCCAGCUCCCAAGGUCUUGGUUACCGGGGCAACAGGUCUUCUGGGUCGAGCCGUCUACAAAGAGUUCCAGAACAGUGGCUGGUUGGUUAUUGGGACUGGAUACAGGAGGGCCAGGCCCCGUCUCCUCCGCUGUGACCUCACAGAUGAGGACGCCAUCAGAGGACUGCUGCAAGAAUACAAGCCUGAUGUGAUCGUCCACUGUGCAGCAGAGAGACGUCCAGAUAUUGUUGAGAGACACACUGAAGCAGCUGUGAAUCUCAAUGUGCAUGCCACAAGCACGCUGGCCAAGGAGGCAGCUGCAUGUGGGGCGUUCUUCCUCUACAUCAGCACCGACUACGUGUUUGAUGGGAGGAAUCCUCCGUAUGGAGAAGACGACAGUCCCAAUCCUCUCAACGUUUAUGGACGCAGCAAACUGGAGGGAGAGAGAGAGACGCUCAGACACUGUCCAGGUGCGGUGGUGCUGCGGGUGCCGGUUCUGUUCGGGGAGGUGGAGUCGGUGUCUGAGAGUGCCGUGACAUCACUGUGGCUCAAAGUCCAGGAGGCGACGGAGAGCUGCACCCUGGAUCACUGCCAGCAGAGGUUCCCCACCGACACACGAGACGUCGCUGCUGUCUGCAGGAAACUGUCUGAGAGAGCAAGACAGGACCCAUCUAUUAGAGGAAUCUUUCACUUCUCAGCCAAAGAGCAGAUGACCAAAUAUGAGAUGGCCAUUGCGAUCGCUCAGGCCUUCAACCUGCCGUCCAACCACCUCAUUCCUCUGACGGAGCAGCUGGCGACGUCGACUCUUCGUCCCAUCAACAGUCAGUUAAACUGUUCCCGUCUGGAGCUGCUGAACCUGAGCGUCGAACCGCGACCAUUCACGGCGGCCAUCACCGACUGUCUGUGGCCAUUCACGCCUGACAAACGCUGGAGACAGACCGUCUUCCACUGACACACAGACGGGUACAGAUAGAUGGACAGACAGACAGGCGGGUAGAAAAGAAAAACAAGUAGAGACAGAUUGACGGACAGUUACAGACGGGAAGAUGGAGAAAGAUAGACAAAACAGACAAGAUAGACAAGUUGACACAGACACGCUGUUACAAACAGGCAGGUAAAGAAAGACUGACAGGCUGAGACAGACAGAUGGGUACAAAAUGACAGACUGGUGGAGACAAAUGGAUGCAGACAAUACAAAUGGGUCGGAUAUACAGACCGUUAGAGACAGGUAGUUGCAGGUAAGACAGACAAGUAGACAUAGACACACAGUUAGACACAGAGAGGUUCAGAUAGACAGAGUGGGGAGAAAAUUCACAGAAAGAGCGAGAUAGACAGAUGGACAGGUAGCUGCAGGCAAGCAGUUAGACACAGACCGGUUGACACAGACAGACAGGUAGAGACAGACAGACACAGAGACACAGACAGACAGAAAGGGACAAACAGGCAGUUAUCGACAGACAGGCAGACAAAAAACAGAUUUAGAAAAUCUGUUAUUUACAGACAGACGGUGGAGAGGCAGACAGACAGCUUAGAUGCAAGACACACACACAGACAGGUAGACGUUUCCACCAUCUACAUCACAUUUCAGGCUCCACCCCCUGCAGUCCAAUGACAUCAUAAUAAAUUGACAAGGUUACGACCAAUCUAAAGGCUUGACUGAUUAACAAGUCUUUAACUGGACCAGUCUGUCCUAGAAAUCCCAAAAUCCUCUGGGCUGUGUGGUGAUGCAUUCAGGUGCUCUCAUAACCUUGUAUGUUUAUUAAAUGAUGCUGUCAGCAGGUGUCUCUCAGGUGAUGAGUAUCAGAAGUGGACCAAUGAAAACACAAAUCUUCUGUGCCCCUGCUGAUUGACAGCUGUCAUAGGCCACGGCCAACUGUGUGGGUGGAACUUGAGGAGACAGACAGACAGACAGAGACAGACACUAAUUUGCCACUAUAUCUACAGUAUACAGUAUGUGCCAUAUAUAAACAAUAUAUGUGUGUCGUGAUUACUCAUUAAACUCAGAGUUCUGUCUGCAGGUUCAAGUUAAAAUCAGAUUAUUGUUGGGUUUUAAUCUGAUGGGUUGUUGUUGUUCCUGUGGAGACGGAACAGUAUGUAACUGUGGGAACAAAGUGAGACCAACUCAAUCUACAAACCUCUUUCACUGUGUGUCCGUGUGCUUGUGCGUCUGAGGAGUCUUACAUCUAACGUCUUUUUUAGUUACGUUUUUGAACUAAGUGUUUUAACUACUGAUGUAUUUUGCGUAAUUGAGGUUGUCGGCAUUCAAAGAGACUUCUCAAUUUCUGUUCAACACUUGAGUCAGUUAAGAAUUGUAUUUGAUGUGAGAUCUACUGUAUCCUACAGAGGACAAACUCCACUCGAUGGAUUCGGGAUAUUUAAUUUAAAUGGUGAAAAUUACACACGUAUGAUAUUGUACUGUUAUUAUAUUAUAGUUGAUGUUGGCUGUUUGUUGUUGGAAAUGACUCAGCUACUCACAUUAAACAAUCAAAAUACUGAA